AUGCAACGAAGUGUCUGCAACUGCUCCUUCAACGGCCUUCAAAAGAUCUCCUCCAGCCUCGGCCAGGACACGCUCUCCUUUGACACCAUUCUCCAGAUAGGCUCCGACUUCAUUGGCUACUUCCAGACAAUUAUCGACUGCGAGAGAUGUGUCACCACGAAGCGCAUGACGAAUAUCCUGUCCCAAAUCACCUCACGGCUCGUCUGCUUCUACGAAGCGGCCUACCUGAACGCUGCUACCACCAACGCAAUACAUCCGAGGGCACGAUCGACCAGCGACGCGGGGCUACUACUGUCACCUCCUCUAUCACAGCAUGGUCAACCGAGUCCUCUGUCUCCUGCAGCACAGCCCGCGCCGAACUGUCAGUCGAUGUUUGGCGAGAUGAAGCUGGGGAGGCUUACGCUUGAGGGGCACGAGGCGAGGAUACUGGCUGAGGUGAUUUUGGUGGAUACUUGUCUCGAGUUGAAUGAAAAGAUACAAGAGUGGAGGCUUGUCAUGGAUGAGAUGGCGGAGGCUACUGGGGAGCAGUGUGAUGCUGCCUCGUCGAAUUGCUUGGAUAGACUGGCCAAGUUGAUUGGCUUAUUGCAGUUUGACGGGCUUCCAGUACAGAGUUGUUGA